AUGGGCACCGGGACACAGCAGCAAACACGAGGCCAUGCCGGCCAUGGCCACCAUCACCAUCACCAUCACCACCACCACCACCACGACAACGUCUACCUCACCUCGCAGAACAAGAACGACGCCGGCGUGCGCAUCACCCGCAUCGGGCUCUACUCGAACCUGGCCAUGGCCGUCGCCAAGGGCGCGGGCGGCUAUGCCUUCAACUCGCAGUCGAUGGUCGCCGACGCCUGGCACUCGCUGACCGACCUCGCGUCCGACAUCCUGACGCUGGCGACCGUCUCGUGGAGCCUGCGGCCGCCGACUGCCAACUUCCCUCAGGGCUUCGGGAAAGUCGAGAGCCUGGGCUCGCUGGGCGUGUCGAGCAUGCUGCUGUUCGGCGGCCUCUUCAUGGGCAUGAGCAGCUGCGAGUCGCUGUACGCGCACUUCUUCCUGGGGCCGGACGCGGCCGCGGCGCUGCUGGAGCACGGCGGGCACGGCCACGGCCACGGACAUCAUCACCAUAGCCACGCGGCGGUGGGCGGGCCGAGUUUGCAUGCCGCCUGGCUGGCGGCGGGGACUGUUGCUGUGAAGGAGUGGUUGUACCAUGCUACAAUGAAAGUAGCGCGAGAGCGCAAAUCAUCCGUCCUGGCGUCCAACGCCGUCCACCACCGCGUCGACUCGCUCACGGGCAUCGUCACGCUGCUCGCCAUCCUGGGCGCCAACUUCCUCACAUCGGCCGCAUGGCUGGACCCCGUCGGCGGCCUGUUCAUCUCGUUUCUGGUCAUCCGCGCCGGGUUCCAGAACGUUCUCUCGGCGCUGUACGAGCUCGCGGACAAGUCGAUCGACGAGGAGGUCAAGGCGUCCGUCUCCCGGCAGGUGGGCAAGAGCCUGGAAGAGGUGUCACAGGGGCAGGAGGUUGAGCUGCGCGACGUAACGGGCGUCAAGUCCGGACAGAACUAUCUGGUGGACGUGGAGCUGGGCGUGCCGAGUGCGUGGACGGUGGAGGACGUGCGCGGAGUGGAGGAGGCCGUGCGGACGAGGGUCGGUGGCAAGGUCAGGGGCGUCAGGAGGGUGCGUGUACGGUUUGUGCCCAAGACGGCGCCCGUCCCUGAUCGGUUUGACGAGUUCAUCCGGGGGGAUGUGAGUCCCCGGUCGAGUCCCGAGCCGGAGGAUGAGAACGUGCAUGAGCAUCGCAAGGCGGAAUGA